AUGGCGGCAGGAGCUCGAACGUUUCCUCGUGAAAAUGAGGUUCUUGAAGGUUGUGAGGCAAACUUGUUGGUUAUUCCCUCAGCAAGGAGUUCAGAAACUGUGAGGAGACAAGAAACAGACAGUGGAGGCCUUAUGGAAAAUUUGCUUUGGAAAUCAACUACUGAUCUGAAUAGUGAGUGCCCAAGAGCUCGUCUUCAGCCAUCAUCAGUUGGGGUUUGUGGCAAGGUUGUAGCAAGGGGCUCUCUUGAGCUGAAUGACUGUAAAAAGCCAAUAACUGGAGUUAUUUUCAGAGGGAGUAUUCCACAUCCCUCUAAACUUAAGAAAAAGAAACGGAAACGGUCCAACAACCCCCCAAGAAUGCGUCAAAGUCAACAAGGUUUCGAUGUGAUAGCUCAUGUGGCUCAGCUAAGAAGGAAACAUGUGGAAUUCAACUGGCUUCCUACCAAUCAAAGAGAUGACUUAGCAUCUUCAAGUCACUCAGUAGAGGAAGAGCCAUUUCCACCUGGUAGUACAGGACCACAAUGUGUUCCCAGCACUCCAACUCUACUAUCAAGUGAAUCAUUUGAGUUACAUCUACCUCCAACUUCACACAAUUCCAAGGAGAGGGCUAUGGAUCUUUUUAAUUCUUACUACCAGAUAGUUACUGGGCAAUUUUCUAUACCCUCGUAUGCAGUUGCAAGGCGCGAAAGAUCAGUGGCGCAACUUCAGGAAGAGAAACUGCAUGAAAGCCACCCGGAUACCAGACAUACCCAGUUGCCCAUCACUGACCGUUUAACUCCAGUAGUGGAACAACAGAGUUUGGCAGCAUGGCUAAAUCAUCAAAAUUUUCAAUAUUUACCAGAAAAACUGUUUCAUCCAAUUAUCUCAGAACCUCCCAAAGAGGAAUGA